GGGAGUAGCGUAGUGGAGCAGGAGCUCGGCGUGGUCUCUGAUCUUUCUAUCGUCUUGCUUGGUACUGUCGUCUCAAUGGCAGGAGGGUUCUUCUCCAUGGAGCAUCCCUGGGCCUCUGCCUUUGGCAUCCUAGGCAACAUCAUCUCCUUCCUGGUGUUCCUCGCGCCAAUGCCGACGUUCCUGCGCGUGUACCGGAAGAAGUCGACGGAGGGGUUCAGCUCGGUGCCGUACGUGGUGGCGCUCUUCAGCUGCACGCUGUGGAUCUUCUACGCGCUGGUAAAGACCAACUCCAGCCCGCUGCUGACCAUCAACGCCUUCGGCUGCGCCAUCGAGUCCGUCUACAUCCUCCUCUACCUCGUCUACGCGCCGCGCCCCGCCAGGCUCAGGGCGCUCGCCUCCUUCCUCCUCCUCAACGUCGCCGCCUUCUCCCUCAUCGCCGUCGUCACCCUCGUGCUCGUCGCGGAGGCGCAGCGGGUCAAGGUGCUCGGCAGCAUCUGCCUCACCUUCUCCAUGGCCGUCUUCGUCGCCCCCAUGAGCGUCAUCUUUGUUGUGAUCAGGACGAAGAGCGCCGAGUUCAUGCCCUUCUCCCUCUCCUUCUUCCUCACCCUCAGCGCCGUCGCCUGGUUCUUCUACGGCCUCUUCACCAACGACCUCUACGUCACGCUCCCGAACGUGGGCGGCUUCUUCUUCGGGUGCGUCCAGAUGGUGCUCUACUGCUGCUACCGGAAGCCCAAGCCGGCGUCCGUGGUCCUGCCGACGACGGCCGCCGCGCUGGCGGCGGAGUCGGCGGAGAUGGAGCUGCCCCUCGCCGCCCUCGACGCGGUGGCCGUGCUGCCGUCGUGCGCGGUGCCGGUGCUGGCCGAGCUGCAGAAGCUGGAGGAGGCGGUUGGGUCGCCGCGCAAGGGCGGCGUUAAGGCCAUCUGA